AUGGCUACUACGAGCUGGCACAAAUUGGUGCUGCUGUUGUGGAAAAAUUGGAUCAUCCAGAAACGCCACUACGUGCAGACCACAUUCGAAAUCACCAUCCCGGUGUUGGCCUGUUCGCUGCUCAUACUGGUGCGCGGUCUCGUAACGCCUACAGUCUACAGCGAACCGACGACCUUCAACGGCCUCAAUGUACAGAGUUUGGCCAUGAUACGAGAGAUGGUCACCAACCAUCCGAUCAGCUUAAAAAUUGCCUACUCACCGCGAAAUGACGUGCUGGGGCGAAUUGUUGGUAUAGCUGCUCGUAUGCUCGGUACCGAUGUUCUGCACCAGGGAUACAACGACAGCGGCAUCAUGUACAAGGAACUCGUGACGCAUAAUUACCUCGCCGGGUUGGAGUUCGAUGACGAGCUUAAGAAUAUAACGAACCUUCCGGACAGGAUCAAUGUGGCCGUUCGGUUCCCGAGCGAAAUGCGCACGACUCGGUUACCGGGGGCACAGUUUUGGGCCAACUGGCGCACGUUCUUGAUCUUCCCACAAUUUCAGGUGUAUGGUGCGCGCAAUGUGAACGAUAGCGAUGGUGGUUUUCCGGCGAACUAUUACUCUGAAGGGUUCCUAUCCGUUCAGAACGCACUCAGCCGUGCGGUGCUGCAAAUGCGCACUGGUCGAAACGAUUCCUUGCCGCAUGUUGAGCUAAAGCGCUUUCCAUAUCCGCCCUUUUACGACGAUCCGCUCCUGCGGGGAUUAGAAAAUCUCUUUCCGUCAAUCAUCAUGGUUGCUUUUUUCUAUUCGUGUAUCAAUACCGUUAAGUUUAUAACGCUGGAAAAAGAAAUGCAGCUGAAGGAAUCGAUGAAGGUGAUGGGCCUCGACGGGUGGAUACACUGGGUGGCCUGGUUCAUGCGCACUCUUACGCUUCUGACCAUCUCCAUCACACUGAUCACGAUCCUGCUGAGCUGCAAUCUUACCACCAACACGAAAGUGGCCAUUUUUCCGUUCUCCAACCGCUUUUUGAUCUGGUUGUUUCUCUUCGUGUAUGGCAUAACGACGAUCAUGCUGUGCUUCAUGAUUAGUACCUUCUUUUCUAAAGCAAACAUUGCUUCCGGUAUCGCGGGAAUCGUGUGGUUCUACUCACUCACGCCGUUCCAACUGACAUUUGGAAAUUACGACCGGAUGUCGUUGGGCGCAAAGCUCGCUUCCAGCCUGUGGAGCAAUACCGCAAUGGGAUACGGAGUGAUGCUGUUUAUGAAACACGAAGGAACAUCAAUUGGGUUGCAGUGGGAUAACAUCCUUGCUCCCGUCACCGUCGAUGAUCAACUGACGAUGGGACACGUGUUCGCAAUGUUGCUGGUCGAUGCCGCGCUUUAUCUCGCCAUCGCACUGUACGUCGAACAGAUAGCGCCCGGGCAGUUUGGUGUGCCCCGGAAAUGGAAUUUCAUCUGCACUGCGAGCUUCUGGAUGGAGGAGGUUUUCUCUUGUGCACCAUCACACGCCUCGAGAACCGUUCUUACCGAGGAACCGAUCGAAAGAGAAAGACUCAGACCAAGCGGCAAAUACCAGGCAAACCGUGAGGAGGAACCCACCGAUAAACCGGUCGGUAUCAGCAUGGUUGGACUCACGAAAGCGUACAAUGGUCAAUCCCUGUCCACUGCGGCGCUUAAAGGACUCACAGCUAACUUUUUCCGCGACCAAAUAACGGUGCUGCUGGGCCACAACGGGGCAGGAAAGACAACCACGAUGGGCAUACUGACGGGGCUGUAUCCACCGACGACCGGUUACGCGACCAUCGAGGGCCACCAGAUUGGCAGUAAGGCGGUAAACCAGCUACGCAAUACUCUCGGGUUCUGUCCGCAGCACAACGUGCUGUUCAACGAGCUUACCGUGGCGGAACACAUACGGUUCUUCGCCAAACUGAAAGGUAUUCAGCAGGAGGACCACAUCGAGGUGGAAAUUGACCGGUAUGUGCGCGCACUAGAACUCGACCCGAAACGACACGCGCAGUCACACACGUUGUCCGGGGGCAUGAAGCGUAAGCUUUCGCUGGCCAUCGCACUUUGCGGUGGAUCGCAGGUCGUUUUCUGUGACGAACCAACAUCCGGCAUGGAUCCGAGUGCUAGACGGAUGGUGUGGGAUUUGUUGCAGCAAGAAAAAAGCAACCGUACGAUUGUGCUUUCCACGCACUUUAUGGACGAAGCGGAUGUGUUAGGUGAUCGCAUCGCGGUCCUAUGCGAUGGUGAACUGCGAGCAGUCGGGACACCAUUCUUUCUGAAGAAACGCUUUGGGACCGGGUAUCGGCUGGUGUGUGUGAAGAGACCGACUUGUCAGCCGGAUGUUAUUACGGAGCUAUUGCGGCAGUACUUGCCGGAUGUAGCGAUCGAGUCGGAUGUCGAAACGGAGUUAUGCAUUCGACUGCACGAGCAUCAUCGAGCUAUGUUUCAGCCGGCAUUGGAAGAACUAGAACGUAGCAUCGAACGUUGUGGUAUUUCCAGUUACGGCAUUGCUUUUUCCACAUUGGAGGAAGUCUUCAUGCGUUUGGCAAACGAAGAUACUGAAAAGGAUGAGCUGCAGCCCAGCGUAAAUGACGGAUCGAUGGAAAUCCACAAGAAGCACCUGCAAAACGGAACACACGUUCGCUCAGAUCCACCUCCAAUAACGAUAACCGAAACGUACGAACUGCUAACCGGUUGGCAGCUGAUUCGCAGCCAAGUUCAAGCAAUGUUCAGCAAGAAAUGUCUAACCUUCAUGCGCACGUGGAAGAUAUCGCUGCUGCAGGUGUUACUGCCAAUGCUGUUCGUCCUGCUGGUUAUUGCGAUCGUUCGUUUCUUCCCGAACAACGUCGUCCUGCCGCCGCUAGAAAUCACGAUCAAAAGCUACGAGCGCACCAGUACAGUCGUGUCCGCAAAUCCUCGAAACUCGUCGCUUGUGGCCGCCUAUGAAAAGUCGAUCGAUAACGCCCCGGGAACCGGUUCACACAAGUUCAUAGUGACGGAGCGAAAUUUCACUGAAUUUAUCCUUGAAAAGGCGGUGGAAAACAUUCGCGUCGUGGAUAAUACCUUCAUGAUUGGAGCCACCUUCGAUGAGACUAAACGGAAUUUUACUGCCUGGUUCAACAACAAGGCCUACCACACGGCGCCACUUUCCCUUAGCGUGCUUUACAACGCACUUACGCGUACGGUUUGCUCAAACUGCAGCCUCACUGUGACGAACAAACCGCUUCCUUACAGCACACAUGUUCGAUUUUUGCGCACACAAUCGGGAAGCAAUCUAGGUUUCCAGCUUGCCUUCAACACUGGCUUUGCCAUGGCCUUCGUUGGCGCGCUGUACAUCCUGUAUUACGUCCGCGAGCGAGCAUCCGGCUCGAAACUGUUGCAAUUCGUGAGCGGCGUCGAUGCGGUCACGUUUUGGGGCGUAUCCUUUUUGUGGGACUUUGCCGUGUAUUGCGUGGCGAUGGGUCUGUACAUUGGAACGUUGGCCGGCUUUCGCGAGGAAGGUUGGUCCACGCCGGAGGAAUUGGGACGCGUGGCGAUUGUGUUCCUCUGCUUCGGGUUAGCCGUCAUCCCGUUCACCUACGUCGGGGCGUACUGCUUUGACGUGCCGUCCACCGGUUUUAUUAAAAUGUUGAUUUUUAACAUCUUCACUGGAACGGUCAUGUUCACGGCGGUGUUUUUGCUCAAGGUGAAGGACUUUGAUCUUCGGCACGUGGCGGAAACGAUGGAGUGGGUUUACAUGGUUUUCCCGCUUUUUGCCCUUAGCCACAGCCUGAACAAUAUUAAUGUGAUGGAAACCACACGUCAAAUUUGCGAUGCGUACUGUGACGCGAUGCCAUUUUGUACGCCUCAAUUGGCGUGCAAAUUUGAAGAACUUUGCUGUGAUGUGGAAAUAUUUUCCUUUAACGCACGAGGAAUAAACCGCAAUUUGGCUUACCUGCUCGGUGUGGCCAUACUCUCAUUUACGGUGCUGCUUCUCAAAGAGUACCGUGUUCUUUCUGGAAUAAAAUUGCCGACGCAAUUAAGCACCUGGUGGUCUAGCCGACACCGUAGAACAACGGCAACAUGCGAUCAUCUAGCGAACUCUACCACCGUCAGGGAAGAUACGGACAUCAACGAUGAACGCGACCGAGUAGAACAAUUCUACGAGAGCCUGGAGCACCAGAAAACGUCAGGACGUGCCCUGCUAAUGGUGCGGAAUCUAUCGAAAAGAUACGGAAACGCAGCUCCACCAGCAGUCGAUCGGCUUACAUUUGCGGUCGGUGAGCGAGAAUGUUUCGGAUUACUCGGAGUUAACGGUGCCGGAAAAACGUCUACCUUCCGAAUGUUAACUGGUGAUCGUCGCAUAACAUCCGGAGACGCGUGGGUCACUAGCUACCAUCUACGCACGCAGCUGCCUUCAGUGUACCGGAAGAUCGGUUAUUGUCCGCAGUUCGAUGCCCUGCUCGAGGAUCUCAGCGGUCGGGAAACGUUGCGUAUUUUUGCUCGUUUACGGGGCAUCCCCAGCCGGUCGAUCGAAUCACUGGUGGAAAGGUUGGCCGUGGAUCUACACUUUAAGUGUCACUUGGACAAACGCAUUCAAGCGUACAGCGGUGGAACUCGCCGGAAAUUGAGUACUGCGCUCGCGCUGAUCGGUGAUCCGGCAGUGGUUUAUCUAGACGAGCCCACCACCGGCAUGGAUCCAAGUGCGAAGCGCCAUUUCUGGAACGUCAUGUACCGCGUGCGAGCGGAGGGUCGAACCGCCCUCGUCCUUACUUCACACAGUAUGGAGGAAUGUGAAGCUCUCUGCACUCGCCUAGCAAUUAUGGUGAACGGCACGUUCCGGUGCCUCGGUUCGGUGCAGCACUUGAAGAACAAAUUUUCACACGGAUAUUUCCUUACGAUAAAACUGAAGCUAGCUGGCGAUGGCUCGAAGGAUGAAUCUGAAAGGAGCAAGCAAACGAUAAAAUCAUUCAUGCAGGCGACAUUUCCAGCCACCACCAUUGUUGGUGGCGCUGUUCUGAAGGAAGAAUAUCAAAACUACCUCACCUAUCACAUCCAGGACACCGGGCGUCGUUGGUCGGAGAUGUUUGGUACUCUCGAACGAGCACGGGAGCAGUUGCAACUCGAAGAUUACGCACUUGGACAAACGACUCUCGAGCAGGUGUUUCUGGCUCUGACUGCCAAUCAGCAAGCAUGCAACGAACCGUAG